CGUGACGCGCUGCGCUGUCUCGGCAGGGACACGGCGGGCCAGGAGCGCUUCCACACCAUCACCACCUCCUACUACCGAGGGGCCAUGGGCAUCAUGCUGGUCUACGACAUCACCAACGCCAAGAGCUUCGAGAACAUCAGCAAGUGGCUCAGGAACAUCGACGAGCACGCCAACGAGGAUGUGGAGAGGAUGCUGUUAGGAAACAAGUGUGACAUGGAAGAUAAAAGAGUUGUCCCUAAAGCAAAAGGUGAACAGAUUGCCAGGGAGCACGGUAUUAGGUUUUUUGAAACUAGUGCAAAAGCAAAUAUAAACAUUGAGAAGGCAUUCCUCACAUUAGCAGAAGACAUUCUUCGAAAGACCCCUGUAAAAGAGCCCAACAGUGAAAAUGUAGAUAUCAGCAGUGGCGGUGGGGUGACGGGCUGGAAGAGCAAGUGCUGCUGAACCUUCUCCUCUCUCACCAAUCGCCAUCCACCGCCCCUUUUUUCUCGCUGCAAAACAAACCACUCUGCCCGUUUUUUAACCUCAAACCAAUGGUUUUGUUCCUCAUCUUAACCAGCUCCUGCCUCCCCUUGGUUUUCCGGCUAGGACAGCUUUUCCUACUCCAGUUUUCUCGACACAUGUAUAGGAAAUUCAUCUCCGUGACUUCAUUUCCAUGUCCCUGCUCAGCUCACCACUACGUUUGGGUUGUAUUAUAGUCCCGUCCCUCCUGCCAUUAAACCCCAGAGCAAUCAUACUCAACUCUCUUCUGCGAAUUGUAUAAGAAUAAAGGUUAGAAUUAACAAUUGAUUUUGUACAACAGUGGAAUUUUCUGUCAUGGAUCAUGUGCUUGAGUCACCAUAUUCUCUAGAUGCAUCAGGCAAGAGCCAGGAAAAACUCAUUUUCGCCUUGAGUCCGUGAGUGGGGUUUCUUUGUCCUGUGCCUUAUGUGGAAAAAGGAACUUUUAUUUUCACUUUCUUUUCUCUCUUCUGGUGGAAGCAUGUGCAGGAGACAUCCCAUCCCCCCGUGCCAUUGAGUCCUGAUCUCUGUAGUGGUUGCUUUCUGUAACGUUGGUGUCAUGCAUCGAGGACAAAGGGUGGUGCAAAACAAAAGCAAACUCCAUGUAACCUGCUGUGUCUCCUCUUGCCAAUCCCGACGUUCCCAACUCUUCCUGCUGCCAUUUUUUUUUCUCACUUUGCCGCUCUUUCUUUUUUUUUACUUUCUUUUUUUUCCUUUUUUUUUUUUUUUUUUUUUUUUUUUCGCCGUUUUUUUUUUUUUUCUUUUUUUUUUUUUUUUUUUUUUUUGCCUGCAUGCUGCUUUGAUUUGCAUUUCUCCAUGGUGUGAUGUGUUAAUGGAAAGGAUGGCAACGCGGUGUGUUUGCCAAAAAUUUAAUACAAAGCACUGAUUUAGCUUCCGAGGUAAAAAUGUUGAGAUUCCUACUAACCCCCCUAGGCCUGUCCGUCACUAGUGGUUCCCUCCUCCCGCGUAGCCCCGGCCUUUCCCCCCAUAUGGAAGAGUUAUUUGCAUGCACUAGUUUCUAUGGAGGGUGAUGUGGUUGUCUACUUUCUGUGUAUGAAUAUAACAUGGAUUCCCAAACUGACAGCAGUUCAUUAACACGAGCUCCCAGCUUCUGUCCCCGAGGGCUGCGGGGCCGGGCCGAGGCUGAGCGGAACUGGAUGGAAAGAGAAGGAAAGGAAAGGAAAGGAAACAAACCAGCCAGCGGGCAGUUUAAUUUAUUACCUCCCUGGAAACUUUCCACUUUCCAGUGUCCGCAGCCGCGCUGGGCCAGCCCCGCCCGGGAUCCCGGCGGGCGAUCCCCGGCAUGGAGAGGCCAUUCCGGCCUCCCUGCCGCUGUCACCCGGCCCUGCUGGCCCUGUCCUGCCGCUGCUGCCGCUGUCACCCGGCCCCGCUGGCCCUGUCCUGCCUCAGGAGGGGCCCAGCACCGCCGCUGCCGAGCGCUCUCCCUGCGGGAGCCUCUGCCCCACGUGGAUCGCCAGCUGCGGAUCCCCGGCGCUGAAUCCCGGCCCCGGCGGGGAGGACACGCCGCAGCCGCCCCGAGCCCUGCUCCGCUCCUGGGCCCCGCCUGUGCCUCGCUCCGGCCGCGGCCUUGGCACCGGGACUGGCACGGGACUGGCACCGGGAAUGGCACAGGACUGGCACCGGGAAUGGCACCGGGACUGGCUCCGCUCCGCCCUUGCCGCAGCCGCUAACGCUGAGUGAAUUUUAAUGAAAUGACGGUGUUUUAACACGGAACUCCUGGUCCGGAGCGGCUCCUUCCCGUGUGGGGACUCACCCAGGUGUCUCCCUGUCCCUCUGUAUUUGGCAUUUUGUCCCCGUGUGUGUUAACCCUUCCCAGGCGAGUGGCUGGUGAGCUCGGGCUCAGCGUUGUACAGAGUCCGGCCGCUUUCGGCUAAAUCUGCACUUUCUAACGCGAUCAAAAAGGGAAAAAAAAAAGGCGAAAUCUACAUCAAGGGGUUUUUUGUAUAAUCCUUGUUUUAAACGUGAGCUUUUUAUUUGCUUGCAGGGGCUCAGCUCCCUGUGUGUGACCCCUUUGUAGACGCUGUGCCCGUCGCAGGCACAGGUGGAGCCCAGGCCACUCGCUGGUGCCACUCGCUGCCGCCGCCGCCCCCUCGUCCCUCCCCGUCAAUAAAAAUGAGCUGUUUCUCUCGGGUCUAUUUCUGUUCCUGUCCAAGCUCCAGCUGCACCCGCGGGCUCAGGCAGGGCAGGGCCGGGAGGAGGGAGCAGCUGAAUGCUGAAACAGAUAAAAACCCCCUAAAAAAAAAAUUAAUAAUAAUAAUAAUAAUGAUCAUGUCGGCAGUGUUUGCAGUAACUUGAUGUCUGCUGGUAUCUCAACUCCCUGCUAGUUCCAGACUAACUGCUUGUGAAAGCUCUGCUUGGAACCCCAGCCCAGCCCUGUGGAGUAGAGAAGGGCAGCGGGAGGUGUCAGCAGCCCCUCCGUGCCCUUUUGUCACCAAAAAAGUGUUAAACGAUGAAAUUGGUCCUGCUAAACCAAACCCGAGCUUGGCUCUGUCCCACGGCCGUGUCACACGCCGGGGUCGCUUCGUGCCCUCGGACUCGGACGGUGGAAUAAAACAGCAUCAAGGUCUUGGAUUAAUUCCCAUGCCGACAAUUUUUUACUUAAUCUUUUAAUAUUUUUGCUACUCCACUCUGGCUUUUUAUUUAAAACACAUUCUUUUGUACCACUUACUGUAUCAAAUUGUAUAAAAGAUCACUGUCCCAUUCUUGGUCGUACCAAGAGCAAAUAAAAGCUUUUAUAAACUUGCA